UUCAUCUCCUCCAAGUUUCAGCUCCAUCCAAGCCAGUAUGUGAGUGCCACAUCAAAAUCCGUGUACUGGACCAAAUUAGUUAGUUACAAAGCAACUAUAUUAAAUCCUGGUCCUCUUCUCCUCAAACUUCAUAGAAUUGUAGUCCUUCCUACCCUAAACCUCCCAGACAUGGUAGUUUGCUCUUAUCUUUUUCUUGUUGAUCUGAGUGAGGUGCCCAAGCUUGCUGCAGGAAACUUCAGGUGAUCACUCCCAUCUAGCCACAAUCCAUUGCUUCGAGCCAUCACCUCUAGGGAGUUAUUUCUUGAAGGGACUUCAAUCCAAACAUGUUUUGGGCACUCAGACGCGUGGCAUCGCCGAGUUCACGCGGUGACCACCGCCCUGGCAUGCCAUGGACGCGAGUUGCGUGUUUGCUAGCUCGGGCCCCUCCUUUGCUCGUCAUUUCCGCACGCCUCGUCGUAUCCAAGAGCUUCCCCGCAUCGUCCUCUUCUCCUUGGAGCUCUCUCCCCCUCCAGAUUUUCCCUGUCGCGCCGCAACAAGCCCCGUUUCUGUUCCGCUCGUGGCUGUCGUUGCCAUCUUCUAUUCCGAGCUCUCCCGAAGCUCCCGCGACCUUCUCCGCUCCUCUAGGGACCCCACAAGCAUCGCCCCUCCCUCCGCGCAUCCCCUAGCUCCAGUAAGACGAUGGGGAUGCCACGACGGUCGAGUUUAUCCGGUGAGAUCCCGUGGCUAUAUAUAGCCCUCUCCGGUCUCGUUUCGGAUGAGAGGGCAGUUCCACCUCUCUUUCCCGCAUGCUCUCCUGGUCGGACCCAUCACCGGAGUAGGCGUGGUCGCGGCUCCCUGCUCGACCGCCGCCUCUGCUUGCAGCCAUGGCGCGGUGCGGUCGUCCCGCUGCUCCUCGGCGCCUGCGGUAGGUCCAUGCGGACGAGGCGCAUCGUCCUUGUCCCACUGGUGGCCUCGCCAUGGCCGGAGGUGGCCGGAGCCGACCAGGCCGUCGACGGCCGAGCGCCCCGCUCCUCCUCUGUUCCCUGUCGCGAGCAGGAAGGAGCGACGCCAGGAGGAGAGAGAGAGAAGGGGGCAGGGCCCGCAUGUAAGUGAGAGAAAGGGGAGUGGAUAAGGCGGGCCCCACCCGUCAUAGAGAAAGAGAGAGUCAACCCCGGGCCCGCGCAGUUUAAGUGGAAACGCCUCGGGAGCGUUUACGCUUUCCCCUAGGGAAAUCAUAUUAUCCCUGAGUGCGCGACCAACUUAGCUGCCAUGGACCCGGAUGUAAAAAACUUUAUUGGAGAAUAGUCCCUAGCACCAAAACCCUCAUAUCUUUUUACCCGUA